CCUCCGGGCCCCGCCCAUAGCGGGUGUGUCCUUGUGCUGCCCCUCAGGCGCAGGCGGUGGGGCUUGGUGCCUUGUCGUCACCAUGGGCAGUAAGAUGGCGGCUGCCACUAGAGUCGUUCAGGUAGUCAAGCCACAUACUCCAUUAAUUAAGUUCCCAGACAGAAAAAGUAGUCCUAGACCUAAAAUACAGGAAUCUCUACAAGCAAGUAUGCCAUCUCUCAAUGCUUCAAAAGCACAGGAGUCUGUAGGAGGCAAAUUGCCGGCAUUUCAAAAUAUUUCAUCUGUUAUUAGAGUACAAGGUAUACCAGACACUUCUGAAUUAGCAAGAACCUUACCUCAGAAAUACAGAAGGAAACUUAUGUCAGAUGAAGAGAUUGAAUAUAUUCAACGUGGAGGUCCAGAAUAAGUAUGGAAGAUAGUUUGUUUGCCACUGUUGAAGAAUGAAGUAUUAUAUUCACAAUAAAGACAUUUCCUUAAUAU